AUGCUGGCAGCAAGGCAGUCACUACUGGUCUGACCUGCACAGAUACAGCCUGACGGGCACAGGAGAUACACUCACAGCCUUCAGGCAGCAUUGGGAAAUUACUCAAGGAUCUAACAGCCAUGUGGAGACUUAUUACGGUGCAUCUGAUUCUGCUCGGUUUGGACCCUAUCGCUGCAGAGUGGUGUUACACAGACCCAGCGUGUGGCCCUAGUACCUGGGUCACUCAGGGAUUUUGUAACGGAUCACGACAGUCUCCUAUAAACAUUGUGGAUGCAUCUGUACAGUACAACGCCAGCCUGGGGACCUUCACCUUCACCAACUAUGGUGACAGCAGCAAACUGGUGUUAUUGAAUAACCCAGGCCACACAGUGGAAGUCCAGCUGGCUAGUGGGGUGACACUAUCCGGGGGUGGCCUGCCUUCCACAUACUCUGCAGUCGCUUUCCACUUCCACUGGGGAAACACGAGUCAAAAUGGUUCGGAACACCAACUGGGGGGAAGGCAGUUUCCAAUGGAGAUGCACAUUGUUCACACCAAAAAUGGAAUGAAUUUGACUGCUGCCAAACAAGACCCUAAUGGAAUUGCAGUGCUGGGAUUCUUUAUUGAUGUUGGGACAUCAUCCAGCAAACUGCCCACACUGGCCAGCCUAUUAGUAAAUGUCUCAAAUGCAGGGACGAAUAUAACUCUUAAUGGCUCCUUUUCCAUUGAUUCUAUCCUGGGAGCUGUUGAUAGGACCUCUUAUUAUCGAUACCUGGGUUCUCUCACAACCCCAACGUGCGAUGAGGCCGUAGUGUGGACGGUUUUCAGAAACCCAAUUCUCGUCCCAGCCAGCGUGAUACAGAACUUCUCAUCAAAUAUUUAUCUGAACAGCACGGGAAGUCCUCAGAACAUGGUAAAUAAUUUCCGCAUCCUUCAGCAGCUCAAUUCACGGGUGGUGCAGUCUUCCACUAAUGUAAAUUCUGCCGGCAACUCAGCAACUUCAUUAGCCGGUGGCAUAUUCAGUGCCAACUUGCUUUUUGGCUUUUUGCUGUCCCUCGUCAAUGCCCUCGUCUUGAUGUCUUAAGGACUGUUCCAAGAAUGACCUUGGCUUUGUAAUUGUACGCUUUUCACAUACUAUAUACCUUUUUUGGCACGGAUUUGGACUGAGGCUGGGUUGAAGGACCAUGAACUGUUGAUGUUGAACAAAAUUCAAGCACCCACUGGACUCUAGAACAUUGGGUAUGGUUUUCUACCCCAGACAAUGAGGUCUCUGUAGAACAGUGAUUAUUUUAAUCUAUGGGUUAAGAUCAAAAAUUGUUUAGAGUGGGUCCCCAUGAUUCCUUUUGAUAAUGUGAUGAUAUUGAGGUCCUACAUCAAGUUCUACACCAAGUUCUAGGCCACAAAGCAGAUUUACGGAAUUAAUUUAGGGCCCCUGAGAACUACUGUAGGGGAGGUCACCAUUUAUAAGGAUUAACAACCCCAAAUUCUAUAGGAACUACCCCCCCCCCCCAUCAGAUCUUCAGAGUAAACUGACCCCUGGUUUGCAGGAGAGGAGAAGGUGGUGGGUAAAAUAAUGGCAUUGUAUCACAUAUAUCCAAGCUCGGAUUCCAAAUACAAUAAUCGUGUAACAUAACUGAAAUAUCCUUUCCUUAAUGUGUAAAUUAUAUUUAUAUUACUGUAAAUAGAUGUUUACAAUGAGUUCUAUUUUACCUGAUUUCAUUAAAUGGACAAAAAAAAA